CGUAACUACCAAAACAUACAUAAUUUCUCUCUCUCUCAUCCUGCGUGUCACCUUAAAAGCCCUUAAUUCUCUCACACUUUCUCUCUCUAAAAAAACUUUCAAUGGUAUCAAAAAACCCGAACCCGCCCGAAGGUUUUUGCUUGGAUCCGACUGGUAUGGGUUUACCGGGUUUUGGCCCCUUCGCCUCCGUCUCCGCCGCCGUGAACUUGUCGGAGGAUGCCUCCAAGAAAGUUCGGAAGCCCUAUACUAUAACCAAGUCUAGGGAGAAUUGGACCGAACCUGAACACGACAAGUUCCUUGAAGCUCUUCAACUAUUUGACCGUGACUGGAAAAAGAUUGAAGCAUUUGUUGGAUCAAAGACUGUUAUACAGAUACGUAGCCAUGCACAAAAAUAUUUUCUAAAAGUUCAGAAGAGUGGGGCCAAUGAACAUCUUCCUCCACCCAGGCCUAAAAGAAAAGCUGCUCAUCCAUAUCCUCAAAAAGCUUCCAAAAGUGCUCCUGUACUCUCACAAGUACCGGGAUCUUUUCAGUCUUCACCACCUUUGCUUGAACCUGGAUAUAUACUGAAGCAUGAAUCCAUACCAAUGCUUGAAACUCCUAUUAUGAACACUGUGGUGUCUUCCUGGUCGAACCACACGUUGCAAAAUACAAAUUUAUUGCAUGCGCCAAAAGUGAAUAACUCCUGCAGUAGCACUGAAAGUACUCCUAAAGUGCGGCCGGUUGGUGAAUCUAAUAGUCAAGAGAAUAAAAGCCUUCCAUUGAGAGUUCUUCCAGACUUUUCUCAAGUAUACAACUUCAUUGGCAGUGUAUUUGACCCAGAAGCAACUGAGCAUCUACAGAAACUUAAACAGAUGGACCGUAUAGAUGUUGAGACGGUGCUUCUGUUGAUGAGAAACCUGUCUAUCAAUUUAACUAGCCCAGAUUUCGAGGAUCAUAAGAGAGGGGAGGGGAAGGGAGCGGAGCAACCUCUUGGUCAGUUUUAGCUCUCCAAAAGUGGGAAGUUUUAGAAAAAGCUACUUUCGUCCUAUGAAGUCGAUGUCGAGACAAAUAACUAUAUCAAUCCGAUACAUGAUGAUCAAUUGAAGAGUGCUACUACUUAGAUAGAUUGGAUCCACAAGAUUGGUUCAUUUUUCAGCAAUUGGAUUUCAUAGUUUUGCAUUAGAUAAGAUGCAUUGGAAAGUCAAAAGCUGAGAGGUUAGAGUCAAAGAUCUUGUACUAGUUUGUAAUUGCUGUUGCAGCUAAGAAAGAAAAGCCUUGAUUCUCUUCAUUCAUUUUGAUGUCGUGUAUAUAUCAAAGAACCUAUUAUAAAAAAGACAAUAAAAAUGUGGAAAUGUAUAGUUUUUCCUAGUUUUGAGAA